AUGCCUGUUAUAUUGCCUACAAGUAUAAUAAAUAUAUUAUCAAAUUUAUUUUGCAUAUUAAUUAAUAUUUCAUUAUUCUAUCUUUAUACAUUUAAAAUUUUCUAUUCUUUUUAAGAAAAUGAAAUAUCUAUAAGUUUAUAAAUAAUAGGCAUAAUAGUUAAUUUUUAAGAAAUUCUUUUGAGAUUUUUCGUUGGUUAUUACGAUAAAGGAGAAAUAAUAUAAGACAAAUAAUUAAUUUUAUUAAAUACUUUAAAUUUUAAUUUUUUUUAUGAUCUUUUUUAUUUAGCAACUCUUAUUUUAUCAUAAAUAAUAAUGUAUAAUUAGAAAAAUAGCAGUAAUUUGGUAGUAUAUUUUUUAAAUUUAAUUUAUUUUUUGAAAGCUAUUUCUGUUAAUAAAAUACUAAAUAAAGUUGAUUAAUUAUUAUAUAUAACUGCCAAAGCAGAUUAUAUCUAUUAACUUUUAAAAUUGAUUUUUAAACUUAUUAUUAUUUGCCAUAUAGUAGCUGUGGCUUGGCACUUACUUGCUUAGAUAGAAACCAAUUAUUUCGAAAAAAAUAAUACAUGGUUACAUGAUCUUAAUUUAGUAGACUCAUAAUGGUAUUCUAGAUAUAUUGAAUCUUUUUACUGGUCAACUACUACCAUUAUUAUUUUGGCUGGACCUAAAGGUUCAAAUAAUAUAGAAAUAAUUUUCUAAUCAGUUAUUAUGUUUGCUACUAUGGGAACUUUUGCAUAUACAAUGAAUUGCAUAGGGGUUAUUUUAGAUGAAUAAAAUAGAAAGCAAAAAGAAUAUAAAAGAGAUCUUGAAAUUAUUAAUAUUUAUAUGAGGAAAAAUAACCUAAAAAAAAGUUUAUAAUAGAAAGUAUCUAAUUUUCUAGAAUACUUAUAUUAAGAAAAAGGAGAUAUUUAAGUUAAUAAAAACUCUAUUGAAGUUCUUAAUAAAUUGCCUUAAAAUUUAAAAGAUGAUAUUAAUGUGGAAAUUAAUUCCAAAAUUAUUUAAAAGUUUAAGUUGAUUUCUACUAAUUUUUCUCAGAAAAUUAUUUAGGAAGUCAUUCCUUUUAUUUAAGAAGAAUGUUUUCUUCCCAAUGAAAUUAUUUAUAAACAUUAUUAAUAUGAUAAUUUAGCUAUUUAUUGGAUUUCUAAAGGAAAAGUAUAAAUAGAACAUUAAUAAGAAAAUGCAAAAAUAGUAUUAGUAAAAGUAUUAGAAAAAGGUGAUUGCUUUAGUGAAUAUUAAUUUUUUACAGGAAAAUAACACGAAUAUUAAACUCGUUCAGCAGAUUUUACAACAAUAUACAAAAUACAGAGAGAUAAAUUUAUAUAAACAAUUCAAAAAUAUGCUGACGAUUAUGAAUAUUUCAAUAUGAUAAAAGAUUAACUUAUAUUUAGAAAUGGAUCUAUAUAUACAAAUAUAUAAUGUUUAAUAUGCAAAAGUAGAUAUCAUAGAGAAAACGAAUGUGAACAGAUACAUAUAAACAAAAAUAAAUAACUUACUAUAUUAAAGCAUCUAAGAAACUAAAUCUAAAUAUCAAGAAAGCCAUUUUUUAGGAAAUGUUUUUAUUUUAUAAAGACCAUUCAAUUAAUAAAAUCAUGUGAAUUAUGUGUAAAUUAAAUCAAAAAUAAUUAAGAAUUGUUUAAUUUAAUUAAAUAUAUUGAUAUCAAUAAUAAUAGUAUGGAUUUAGAUUAAAGUUUAUCUGAUAAUUAUAUAUAAGAUAAGGUAAUUAAAAAUAGAGAUAAUUCUAACUCUUCUCUUUCUUCUACUAGUAUUGAAAAUAAUGUAAAUGAUAUUUGCAAGUAAACUUUAAAGAAUUUUAAAAAUAGUAUUAUAAUUAAUUCGGAAUAAAUAAAUUCUAAUGAUAAUUUUAAACAUUCCUAAGGAAACAAAAACUAAUUAGAAAUCAAAAAAGAGUUAUAAAAUAUCAAUUUAUUAACUUGUAUUAUUUUUAUUAAUAUAUAAAUAAAAAGAUAGACAGAUUAAUAACUAAAAAAAUAAGCAUAGAUUUAAAUUCGUAUUUAAAAAAAAUAAAUUUUUAAAAACUAAAGUAUUUAAAAAAAAAAAAAGAAAUUCCUCCAAAAAAAGAAUCUGAAACAAGAAAAUCCAUAAAAGAAAUACAAUUAUUUGUUUAAGAUAAAAUAAACAAAAAAGAAUACACAAGUAAUAAUAACUCAAUAGAAGAAAAAAUUAGUAAUUUGA